AUCAGUCAAUGUUGAGGUGCAGAAGGUGACCUUAACUUCACAGCAGGAAAAAAGACAGUCGAGAGAGUGAGGGAAAGAGAUAGAGAAGCAUGAUGGCUGAAUUCAGAAGGAUUAAAAUAUUUUUUUUACUGACACCAGUGCUUCAGAUUACAGCAGCAGUAACUGGACAACGUUCAGACUCCUUCACUGUCAGAGUUGGAGAUGACGUCACUUUGUCUUGUGAAAAUGUGAUAAAGGAUCAGAAAAACUGUGACAGUACAACAUGGCUCUUCAGUGAUUUGAAAAAUGCAGUAGCACUGUUUGAACAUGGGCAGAUUCACAAAGAUGCCAUGGCUAAAUCAGACAGACUGAGUGUUCCAGCGAACUGUUCUCUGGUUAUAAAGAAGGUCACAGUCGAGGAUGUUGGUCGUUACACCUGCAGACAGUUUAUAUCAGGACAACAACAAGGUCCAGACUCUCUGGUUGAUCUGUCUGUUAUUACCAUUGAGAAACAACAGUACAAUGAUACAGUCGUCUUGUUCUGCGCUGUGUUGACAUAUGAAGGCUGUGGACACACAGUGAAGUGGCUGUAUGAUGAUAAUAAGAAUGACACUGAGAUAUUAGAUUCUACCUGUUCAUCAAGGGUGACAUUUCCAACUCGUCUCAAUCAGAAGUCAAACUAUUAUGAGUUACUCAAGUGUAAUGUGACAGAUGAUAAGAGAGGACAAACACUGCUGUGUGAUGUCGGUCCCCAGUCCUCAUGUGAGACAACAGGAAGUAUCUUAGUGGAGACUGAAGAGGAACAACAAGACUGGUGGAGGUUCAUCAUUGUGUCUGUGGGUUUAGCAGCACUCAUAACAAUUGCUGUGGCAGUCAACAUAUGGACAAAAACUAAAGGGAACAGAACACAGAUGGAUGAACACAUUGUGAGUUUUAAACCUUAAUGAUCAAAUGUUUAUACAGUUGUGACUUUUAGAAAAC